UUGCAGGAGAGCACACUACGCACCGACUACACUGUUAUCACUCGCUUGAAUCGACUGUUGACCUUUAGUCAUGGUAGAGCAAUCCGUAACGUCAAGAAAUCGACUCGACUCGGAGGAGCGCGAGCAGAAACCUCCCAUACACGACGAGGAGUUCUGGUUCACGGACGGCUCAGCAGUCGUCGUUGCGGGAGAUGUGGCAUUUCGUGUGUACGAGGGACUGUUGACACGGGAUUCCUCCGUAUUCCGCGACCUCUUCGGCGCGCGGCGACGUUCCGCGAGUGCGGAGAGGAUCGAUGGGUGCGUCGUCGUCCGUCUGCCUGAUGUUGCAGAGGAGGUUCGUGUCCUGUUGCGAGCUUUGCUAUCGCCUUGGUUAUACUACCAAACCAUGAGCUUUUCGGUCGUCGAGAGCCUGAUCCGUCUCGGCCACAAAUAUCGCAUUCAGCACAUUACGGUCAACGCGCUUGAGCGGCUCAAAAGCCACUAUAGCGACGACAUGGAGACGUGGCUCAAGGCCUGGAGAAGCAUGUACGAGCCUGGCAAGCCUUGUCAGCCCGCCGACGCUAUCGCCGCCGUCAACCUCGCACGCCUAACAGGAACCUUGUCGGUCCUGCCCAGCGCGCUCUACGAAUGCUCGAUUCUGCCGACAAGAGUGCUCCUGCAAGGUGCACAGCACGGCGACGCUGGCACGGCGACGGCUCGUCUCUCAUUGGAGGACGUCGAGCGCUGUCUGGACGCGAGGAGGCUUCUGAGUCAAGACUAUCUCCUCUCCGCGUUGCGCGUCAUGGUGCCAGAGACGAGCGCGGACUGCGAAGAUAUGCAGUGCGCCGCGUCCCUCGAGGUUGUGCUCAAGACAUUCAGAUCCGGCGAUCACCAAGAGUCUGUACUUUGUCGCUAUGACACCCUGACUCAUCGGAGUCCGCUGGAGUUGAUCAGACCUGAACCGCUCUGUGGGCCGUGCCAGGAGAUGUUGGAGGAGCGGCAUCGUAGGGAACAACAGAAGACGUGGUCUAGACUGCCUGAGUACUUUGGCAUCGACGUUCCUGGCUGGUCCACCCGAAGACACAGUUCUCAGGAAACCGUUAACGCCUCAGACAGUGAAACAGCAUUGGUGUGUUGAAUGAAUGGCAAGGAUCCGAGAGAUGGCCAGCUAUACAGGCGUGUCCACUUCGUAUUCAUCCUGAGGCUUGUUAGACCUUCCAGUCUCCGCCUCCUCCGUGAUGAUUGCAUGCUUCGACCGCAACCGUCCUGAAGGCAGAUUCGGCUGGACACUGCGAUGUAAACCUGACGCACGCCUGCUUCACAUGCGGUGCCGUGUUGCUCUGAAUAUACCAGGACGCUGCUAGUGCUGCAUCAGUACGUGCCACUUGUGCUAAUGCAUUCAAACUUGUCUAUCACCACCAGCAAUUACGAUCUUUGAACUUACAUAACUUUCGCCCGCCUUUGUCAAUUGGAUAGCGUGC